AUGGCCAGAACAGCACGUGGGGUCGACCUGGAGUUGUGGGCCCACGAACACUCCUACGAGAGACUCUGGCCCGUCUACGACUACAAGGUGUAUAACGGCAGCAUCGAGGCCCCGUAUACAAAUCCUGGUGCCCCUGUGCAUAUUAUCACCGGGUCAGCUGGUUGUCAAGAACGGCUGGACCCCUUUGUCCCCGAGCCACGAGAAUGGAGUGCGGUGCGGAUUGAGGACUACGGAUACACCCGCAUGCAGAUCUUCAAUCGGACCCACCUCUGGCUGGAACAGGUGUCGGACGACCAGGAGCCGUCCGACCGCGUGGUCAGGAGGGACCGGGGCGACGGCCCCGAGAGGAGACCCAAGUCGACGUACACGGGAGAGAUCAGCCCGCAGUCCCCCCGGGAAAAGCGGCCCCUUUCGGGACCCAACAUCCGGACCCCGAACAUCCCCGUCUCCGAGGGGGUCAUGAAAACGGCACAGCAGACCGGGCGGCCUUUUAACACGUAUCCCCGAGCCGACACCGAUCUCGUCCGGGGCUCUCAGCCCCCGCUCCCUCCCCCGCCGGCCCCGCAGCAACCGCAGCAGCAGCAGCCCCGCUCCCCGCAACGCGAGCCCCAGCGCGUCUCACACGAGCAGUUCCGGGCCGCCCUGCAGAUGGUGGUGGACCCCGGCGACCCCCGGAGCUACCUGGACAACUUCAUCAAGAUCGGAGAGGGCUCCACAGGCAUCGUCUGCAUCGCCACCGUCAAGAGCUCCGGGAAGCUGGUGGCCGUCAAGAAGAUGGACCUGCGGAAGCAGCAGCGGCGGGAGCUGCUCUUCAACGAGGUGGUGAUCAUGAGGGACUAUCAGCACGAGAACGUGGUGGAGAUGUACAACAGCUACCUGGUGGGCGACGAGCUGUGGGUCGUCAUGGAGUUCCUGGAAGGAGGCGCCUUGACCGACAUCGUCACGCACACCAGAAUGAACGAAGAGCAGAUCGCGGCCGUCUGCCUCUCCGUCCUGAAGGCACUCGCCGUCCUCCAUGCCCAGGGAGUGAUCCAUCGAGAUAUCAAGAGCGACUCCAUCCUGCUCACGCACGACGGCCGGGUCAAACUCUCUGACUUCGGGUUCUCCCACAAACUUCGCACCGAGGGCACAGCUGCCCCCAACAUGAACCACAAGCAAGGGGCAUUCCAACGUAUGCCGCCUUUGCACACGGAGGUGGACAUCUGGUCCCUGGGCGUGAUGGUGAUAGAAAUGGUCGACGGGGAGCCCCCCUAUUUCAACGAGCCCCCCCUGAAGGCCAUGAAGAUGAUCCGAGACAACCUGCCCCCCAAGCUGAAAAAUGCGCACAAGGUCUCCCCUUUCUUGAAGGGCUUCCUCGACCGCCUGCUGGUCAGGGAUCCGGCCCAGAGAGCCACAGCGACCGAACUCUUGAAGCACCCCUUCUUGGGGAAGGCCGGCUCCCCGUCCUGCAUCGUACCGCUGAUGAGACAGAACCGGAUGAGAUGAGAGGGGGGCCACAGGAACUGGACGUCUUACCAAAAAAAGAGGGAGGAGAGACCGCCAUCGUCCCUGGCAAGUCCUCCAAAGCAACUGGAAAUCCGCCAGCGAUGACGGGACCUCGGCGGCACCUUCCUGCCCUCUUCCCCUCGCAGGGAUGGGGUCCUCGUGUCCGCCGAGCGAGGGGGUGCAGAGCAGCGCAGCAAGGGGCCUGCCCCCCCACAAGGGCUGUCCUUUUUUGUCCUGCUGAUGAAACUGGAGCAGCAGGCCCCUGAACUGGAGACUCAUCCCCUGGACAGCCUGCCUGCCUGCCCGCCCGCCGGCUGGCUUGCCACUAUUGUAUCCCCAUCUCCGGAAGGGUGGCUUCCCCAAACCCCCCCUUUUCUGUACUACUGAGCUGCGAGGUGCGACCAGGACCGGGGAGGGCUUUUAUUGGGUUUGUGUUUUAAGAGACUGAAAUGUUCCUAAUCGCCACUGAGUUGUUUGGCCAAUCGAGGAGGAGGAUUGGCAGAGGGGAGCCAGAACUCAGAGGGCGUCUCCGGCAUCAGACGCUGGAGGCGGCUUUGUUUUUGCCUUCUCUUCUUCUUCUUCUUCUUCUUCUUCUUCUUUUCCGGCAGCGAGAGCCUUUCUCCCGACUUGGGUUUCCAGGGUGGGUGGGGAGCCAUCGGGAAAGGGCGCACCGCGCACGGGUCAUGCACACACAUGAAUUCAGCUUCGGGGUGUGUGUGUCUGUGGCUGCAGACGGGAGGGGUAAUACAGCCACGGACCACCUCCGGGCGUUUCCCAGCCCAGGGAAAACCCUAACCGGGAGCUGUUC